AUGUCGACAUCACACAGCAGUAGCUCGGGGUCGAACGUGGUUGGAGUGCACUACAGAGUAGGCAAAAAGAUUGUGAGUCGUGUCUUGGCAGAGAUGCAUGGAUGCGCAGAGGACUGCGCUCAAACUUGCGCCCGUUCCCCUUUGAUAAUGGCUUUGUAGGGAGAAGGCUCUUUUGGCGUGAUCUUCGAAGGUAAGUGACGUGCCCCCUUGAACAGGCAAGAAGGCCAUGAUCGACGAGACCCCCAGCUGACGUGACUUCGGCGCUCUCAGGAACGAACCUGCUGAAUAGCCAGACAGUAGCCAUCAAAUUUGUGAGUACGUUCGAGACGACUUGCUAUUGCAUGCUCCUGAUCUGACUCAAGCUCGUCACUGCGCGCAGGAACCUCGGAAAAGCGAUGCUCCUCAGUUGCGCGAUGAGUACAGGACCUACAAGAUUCUUGCUGGAUGCCGUGAGUGUCAAGAGCAUCGCUUUCGAUCUCACGCCCCUGCUCACCGCAUCCCAUGUCGAUCCGCUGCAGCUGGUGUGCCUCAAGUCUACUACUUCGGGCAGGAAGGCCUUCACAACAUCCUGGUCAUCGACCUGCUUGGCCCUAGUCUGGAAGACCUCUUCGAUAUGUGCGGACGCAAAUUUAGCAUCAAGACUGUUGUCAUGACUGCCAAGCAAAUGGUGCGUCGCAAACGUAUCGCAUCCGCUGAUGCACUCCACUGACUCUGCGAUGUCUGGUAAUACAGAUCACCCGGGUCCAAGCGAUCCAUGAAAAGAACCUGAUCUACCGCGACAUCAAACCAGACAACUUCUUGAUUGGCAGACCGAUGACCAAAUCUGCCAACACCGUAUGGGUGGUUGACUUUGGGAUGGCGAAGCAAUACCGGGAUCCCAAGACCAAGCAGCACAUCCCGUACCGCGAGCGCAAAAGUCUGAGCGGCACGGCUCGUUACAUGUCCAUCAACACUCACCUGGGCAGAGAGCAAAGCAGACGUGACGACCUCGAAGCUCUUGGACACGUGUUCAUGUACUUUCUGAGGGGCGGUCUGCCAUGGCAAGGACUCAAGGCGGCAACAAACAAGCAAAAGUACGAGAAGAUUGGAGAGAAGAAGCAGAGCACACCUAUCAAGGAGCUCUGCGAGGGCUUCCCAGAAGAGUUCGGUAUCUAUUUGAACUACGUCAGAAAGUUGGGCUUCGAGGAGACACCCGACUACGACUUUUUGAGGGAAUUGCUAAGCAAAGCGCUGCACGGAGAGCAAGAAGAUGGCGUGUAUGACUGGAUGAUGCUGAACGGCGGAAAGGGAUGGGAAGCAGGCACGAGCAAAGACCGUCGUGAUGAGCGCGAGCGGUACAGAGACCCCCGAGAUCACCGAGCGUCUCACGCCCAACAAGCUGCCGGGGCUGGCGGUGCUGCCGGCGGUGCUCUCGCGGCGCCUCAGCAACAGCUUCAACGCAGCGCGUCCAAGCAGGGACGCAAGUCUGGCGUUCCUGCCCAACUCGUGCCAGGCAGCGGUGCGGACAGCCGCGCCGCAUCUGGCGCUCUGCGUCCACCCGGCGCAGACUUUGCCAACAACGGCAACUCGGCUUACGGCGCAGGAGGUCCAGGACCUGCAGGAUCAAAUGUAGCCGUUCACGGUGCGCAAGUAGCAGCGACCGGGGACGCUCUCAACACACCCAGGGACAGCCAUGCGGGCGGUCUGUCAUCUGGAGCUGGCGUGCCCAAUGGCACUGGUGGAAUCGAAGGGGGAAGGCGAUUGGAUGGUCGAGGACCUGUGCAAGGCGGCUUGGCUGGUAGCGACGCUCACCAACACGCUCAUCCCGCCGAGAGGAGAGGCUUUGGCGCCAAGUUGGUCGACUUCCUCACCUGCAGGUGUGCUUAG